GUUAUUUAACCCAGUAUUAAACCUGUGAUAUUAAACAAAAAUUCAUUAAAAAUAUAAAGUUCGAAUAUCGUUAAAAUACUCGUAGAUUAUUAACAAACUUAAAGAACAAAUAAUUAGAUACUUAGAUCAUAAUAGAUAUUAUUUUUUCAUUGGCAAUCAGCCUGUAUUUACUCAAAAUCAUAAUAAUAUUUAUAAUCAUCUUUCCGCUAAUAUAACCUAUUUUUCUGAAAUUAGAUAUAUUCAUAAUCAACAGCAAUUAAAGUUAUAUUGAAAAAUAUUGUGAUUAGUGAUUAGUAUAGUACAAAAAUGGCUCUGAAAUUGUACGGUUUGCUUAUCAGUCCACCUGUAAGGGCAGUUACUCUGUGUGCUAAGGCUUUAAAAUUGGAUUUGGAAUUGGUGAAAAUUGAUUUUAUCAAAGGUGACCAUUUAAAAGAGGAAUUCUUGAAGAAAAAUCCUACCCAUACAGUGCCGGUAUUAAUCGACAAUGACUUUAUUCUGUAUGACAGCCAUGCCAUCAUGGGAUAUCUGGUUGACAAGUAUGGAAAAGAUGACUCAUUGUAUCCAAAAAACGAUUAUGCGAAGAAGGCUCUUAUUAAUCAAUCGUUGCAUUUUGAUUCCAGCAUUUUGUGGCCCAGUGUUAAGCCAAUAACGAGACCUUUGGUAACUCAAGGAAUCAAGCCUUCCCAAGAAAAACUGGACGCUCUAAAAAAAGUUGUUGGUUAUUUGAAUCGGAUUUUGACAGAUAACAAGACGAAAUAUCUAGCCGGAGACAAUGUUACUAUAGCCGAUUACAGUAUCGCCAUGAGCGUGACGUCUGUUGAAGUGUUUUUCUCUUACGAUGAUUUUCCUUCUGUGAAAACCUACGUGGAAAAUAUUAGAAAACUGCCCUAUUUCCAUGUCAUCGAAGAAGGACUAAAUCAACAAAAAUCAAGAAUUUUGGCUAGGUUAAACGAGAGAAGUCCUCAGCACGAAGUCCCAGUCUUGGAGGACGAUGAUGGAUUCAUUUUAACUGAUAGCCACGCCAUCAUGAUUUAUUUGGUAGAAAAAUACGGCAAAGACGACUCGCUAUACCCCAGAAAAGAUGUCAAACAAACUGCUAUUAUCAAUCACAAAUUGUAUUUCGAUUGCAGCACUCUAUUCAUUAGAGUAAAAAGUAUAACGAAACCAAUGGUCCUAUACGGCGUCAUACCGUCCAAAGAAAAACUAGACGACCUGAAAGAAGCUCUGGAACUUCUCAACACUUUCCUAGAAAAAAGCAAGACCAAAUUCGUCGCAGGAAAUAGUCUGACCAUUGCUGAUUUCAGCAUUAUGACAUCUGUUGGAUUUGCGGAUAAUGUUGUGCAUUUUGCUGACUAUCCGCAAGUGAAAGCUUACAUGGAAAGAAUGGAGAAGUUGCCUUGUUACGGAAUAAAGGAAAACAUAGACGUUUAUAGAGUAUUAAAGCCUGUUAGGUUGAUUAUUCUACAUUUACCAGACAUUAAAGAAGGUUUUCUUGUUCUAAUGGCUCCUAAAUUGUACGGUGUUUUGGCUAGUCCGCCUGUAAGAGCUGUUCUACUAUGUGCAAACGAACUAGGAUUGGAUUUGGAAUUGAUUCCAGUAGAUUUGGCUAACCAAGAACACUUAAAAGAAGAUUUUCUAAAGAAAAAUCCACAACACACAAUACCCGUUUUAGAGGAAGAAGAUGGCUUUAUUGUUUCUGACAGUCAUGCAAUCAUGGCCUACUUGGUUGGAAGAUAUGCCAAAAAUGAUUCUCUGUACCCCAAAGAAGAUUGUAGACAACGAGCUACCAUUGAUCAUAAAUUAUAUUUUGAUACAGGAAUCCUAUUUGCUAGAGGUCUAGCGAUACUUAAACCCCUCUUUUAUUUCGGCAUUAAACCAUCCGAAGAUGCUUUGAAUAACCUCAAAGAAGCUUUCAGUAUUCUGGAAAAAAUAUUCGAGUUAAGUGGAAGUGACUAUAUAGCUGGAGACAACCUGUCCAUCGCUGACUUUAGCAUACUCACCACCGUUACAACCUGGAACAAUUUGGUGCCAUACGCUGAUUAUCCUCGCAUAAAAGCAUACAUUGAAAGGUUGGAGAAAUUGCCAUAUUAUAAAAUCAACGUUGAAGGAUUGGACCUGUUUCGACAGUUAUAUGAAUCAAAAAUAUAAACAAUAAAAAUUACGUAAAUUAUUUA